AUGGCCACACCAGAGCUGAUAGAAGUGGACAAUGUGGUAGACAUCAUAAAUUGUGUGGCUUUAUAUUACGAGAAAGGUGCCAGUGGUAAUGCUUUUCUUCGGAAAGAAAAAUUUAGAGCUCCGGUCUCAAGGCAAGUAAAGACCUUGAAAGCCUUAAAAGAAACAGUCAGGUGAGUCGACCUGAGUUUUAAUACUGCUAUCCAUUAUUUAUUGUUUUCAAUGACCUCAUUAUCCUUGUGUCAGAUCUAUUAUGACCUGGGAUAUCAAUGGCAUUUGUGCCCCGCGCUACGGUCGGCGACUAAAGUGGUCUCACUAGCUUGCGAAAGUCAGUUAUUGUCAAUAAUGACGGCAAGUUAAGGAUCGUUAAGCCUAAGUUUUUUGUUUUUAUUUCAUUCCCGAUUUCAACCUUUCGCCUUUCGCAACAUACAGUCGACUCCCGGUAUCUCGAACCCUAUAUAAUUCGAACCUCUCGCUAACUCGAAGCAAUUUUCAUUCCCCUUCAGAUUCUAUAUAAUUUUACCCUCGAUAACUCGAACUUUUUCCUAUUUCCCUUGACGGUUCGAAUUAUCGGGAGUCGACUGUAUACUAUUCUAACCGGAGAAGGUGGACCUUGGAAUUAAAUGUAUACUUAUAUAUGACUAUAUAAAGACUAUGUUAGUUUAUAAUCAGGCCAUACACGCAUCAGUUGUCUUAAUAUGAUACAUAAAGAUACAUUUUUCCCCGUGUCUAUUUUCUUCAGUCAAUUUGGAGGGAUUCGCGAUGUUUCAAAAAAUAUUGGGCUUGGAAACCAAAUUACCAGCAAACUGGCCAGACUGGAUGAAAGUGAUAGCAAAGGUGCUCACUGCUUUGCCAUAAACACCGAUGGGCAAGUUACCCUUGAGCUGCCGUCCAUAAGGGCAGGGACAGAUAUGUUACAAUGUAAG